UAUUGUUUGAAUUUUACAAUGGACGAGGAUUUAGCGGAUUUUUUGUUGUUAGACAGGAAUUUAUUAUUAAAUUCAAACACGAGACAGUUUUGGGUACAUGAGUUUAAUGAAGAUCACACCCAAAGUGAGUUUUAUGUGACCUGUUUACCCUUACGUGAUCAUGCUGACAAAUUCAAGAAAUACUAUCGAAUGACUGUUGAAACAUAUGACUACAUACUGUCCCACAUCAAGGGAGAUUUACAGAAAUGGUCCAACUUUAGAACUUGUAUAGAACCUGCCGAAAAGCUAUCGAUUCUCUUGAGGUAUCUAUCAACAGGCAUGUCCUUUGAAGCAUUGAGCGAAACAUUUCGCAUGAGCAACUACACCGUCGGAAAAAUAGUCGAGGAAGUUUGUGAUUGCAUGUGGGAACAGCUUGCCCCAGUCCACUUACCAGUGCCUAAUAAACAAAGAUUUCUUGAAAUUGCAGCAGAAUUUAAGGAGAAAUGGAACUUUCCCAACUGUGUAGGUUGUAUAGACGGAAAACACGUGAGAAUAAAAUCUCCUGGGAAAAGCGGUACAAUGUUUUUGAACUAUAAGAAAUUUUUUUCAGUUAACCUUCAUGCAGUAGCCGACGCCAAGUGUAAAUUCAUAUUCAUAGAUGUUGGAGCGUACGGAAAGCAAAGCGACGGGGGAGUUUUCGAAGCAUCACCAAUAUCCAAGUUUUUUGAAAAUUUCUCAGAACAUUUGCCUGCUCCCUCACCGAUAGAUACCAGCAGUGAAACACUCAUUCACAUCUUUCCCAUCUUCGCCUUGUUGUAUUCGACGACCACAAGAGGUUUGAGAAUGGGUUCGCCGUGUCUGGUUUUUCCCAGUGUCAACAUAAUCAGCAGGAUGUUUGGUCGACAUCAUUUUCACUUCUCUUUUAUCAAACCAUUUGGUGUAAACAAUACCACUUGGGUGUUCAAGACAGCUCAUUUGACCCUUCUUCAGAUUCAACUGGUCAUCGGAAUUACCAGGAAUGGUUUUUUCGUGAGUGAACCAGGACUUGUUGCUGAUUACACUUCCGACGAGGUACUGGCGAAAAAGAAGUCUUCCUCUGAACGGGAUCAUCCUUUCGUCAAUCACUACAUCUUCACCGGGAGUUUUCUUCAUCUUGAAAGAGUGGUUUAG